UAGCUCUCUCUGCUUUGCAGCUCCCAGAGAUUCAGAGCUCUUGUGAUUGGGAAGUUCGCAGAAGAAAGGAAAGGCAGAAAACAGCAUUGGCAGAGGCACUGGCAAGAGUUUGCGGCUUUGCAUCUUCUCAAGGAGGAACACAACCUGCCAGGGUCAGGGAUCAGUGGCAACGGGCAACCGACGGACCCAGACCUGACAACUUUCUUCAUUUGUUUGUUUCUCCUGGACUUGGACGGCUGUAGUGCAAGUGGACCCCGACGGCGACUCUUUCUGGGGUGAUUUCUGAUUCAGUUGUGUUUGUGGUUUUGUAGAGGGAAAUAGGUAGUUCUCUUCAGAACAGGUUGGUGGCAAAGGGGUUGCUUAAAAAGGGUGAAGGUACAGUUAGGCUAUAGCUGCAGAGCUAGCAACUAUGCAGUUGGAGAACUUCAACCACGGGAACAUCCACUCUUUCCAGGGCCACCGUGGGGUGGUCAACAACAACAAGCCCAAUGUCAUCCUUCAGAUAGGAAAGUGCAGGGCAGAGAUGUUGGAGCAUGUCAGGAGAACCCACCGGCACCUCUUAACUGAGGUUUCGAAACAGGUGGAGCGGGAACUGAAAGGCCUGCAGAAAUCAGUGGGGAAGUUGGAGAACAACCUGGAGGACCAUGUCCCCUCAGCUGCUGAGAACCAGCGGUGGAAGAAAUCCAUCAAGGCCUGCUUAUCUAGGUGUCAGGAGACCAUUGCCCAUUUGGAGAGGUGGGUCAAGAGGGAGAUGAAUGUCUGGAAGGAAGUUUUUUUCCGCCUGGAGAAAUGGGCUGACCGUCUAGAGUCUGGCGGGGGGAAGUACUGCCAUGGGGAUACUUCCAGGCAAACUGUCUCUGUUGGGGUAGGAGGCCCAGAGAUCAGGCCUAGUGAAGGGGAGAUUUAUGAUUAUGCCCUAGAUAUGAGUCAGAUGUAUGCCCUGACACCACCUCCAUCAGGGGACAUCCCUGUGGUGCCUCAACCUCAUGAAUCCUAUCAGUGGAUCACUGCCCCAGAUGAUACACCACCUUCUCCAGUGGAGACCCAGAUUUUUGAGGACCCCAGGGAGUUUCUCACUCACCUGGAGGAUUACUUGAAGCAGGUAGGUGGGACUGAGGAGUACUGGCUCUCUCAGAUUCAAAACCACAUGAAUGGCCCUGCUAAAAAGUGGUGGGAAUACAAGCAGGACUCUGUCAAGAACUGGCUGGAGUUCAAGAAAGAGUUCCUUCAGUAUAGUGAGGGCACCCUGACAAGGGAUGCUAUCAAGAGGGAACUGGAUCUCCCUCAGAAGGAAGGGGAGCCCUUAGACCAGUUCCUCUGGAGAAAGAGGGACCUCUAUCAGACCCUCUAUGUUGAGGCUGAGGAGGAGGAGGUCAUCCAGUAUGUGGUAGGGACCCUCCAACCCAAACUCAAGCGUUUCCUUAGCCAUCCCUACCCUAAAACUUUAGAACAGCUGAUCCAGAGAGGAAAGGAAGUUGAGGGCAACAUGGAUAACUCUGAGGACCCCAGUCCUCAAAGGACCCCAGAACACCAGCUAGGAGAUUCAGUGGAAAUUUUGCCUCCUUCCACCACUGCUAGUCCUGCAGCGAGUGACAGGACUCAGCCAGAGAUUUCUGUCCCACCAACCACAGUGAUAUGAGCUGUGUAAUGAGACAAAAAUGAUCCAGAUGGGAGCUGGAGACUUACUUAGGAUGAUUGUUUCCUAUCAGCAGAAACUUUCAGCCAUGAAUGGUCUGAUGAUAUUCUCAGUCCAAUGGCCGAUAGAAGGAGAAUUGCCUAUUCUUUGAGGUGGACCAUGUGGAGAACAUGGUUUGCCUGAAUCACUCAAAGGUGGUACAAACUGGAGUACUAAUGGCUAUUUUGAUGAUAUUUUUUUAAAGCCAUUACAAAGGCAACCAGUCCGUUCUCUGUGGCAGAACUGGCUACCUUCCUUUUGGCAUUGGUUGCCAAGGGAAUUAAAGAGGCACAAUAGAGGAUUCUUCCUGCUUAUAACCAGUCCUGUCCUUCAACAUGCUUUUCCUCCCAGGCAUUCUCCCUUCCUUUCAGGAAUCUAUUCCAAAUGCUUAUUGCUUACCUCUGUAUUAAUCAAUGGGCUAACUCUCUGGAAAGCCACUGGUUUCUGCUUUCCUUCCAUUUCCUCCAGCUUAUAGUGUGAGAUCCUAACAGACUGGAGGACUUUUUGCAAGUUGCCUCCAGAAGCUCACCAGGAGUUUCAGCCAUGAAAUUAACCCAAUGCCUGCUCUCUCCCUACUCCAAGUGGGUCUGUGGAUUCUUGGGCUCUGACCUGAUUAUUCAGGGCUUUCAGUUCCAGAAAAGCCAUUUUCGCUAUACAUUCAACAAUGGAUGACAGCUAGACCUAGGUUAUUUACUUCCCUACCUUCUAGACUUUAGGAGAAGAGGGGUUAGCCAGGGUGGGAUACCUACUUUGCUCACUCAUUAGGACGCUAAGAUGUUCUUUCCUUGUGGCUAGAUCACUAGCAGGAGAAGGGAAUAUGCUAUCAGUUAUCUCGAGUGACUCAAGGAAAGAUCAGAUUGCACUCCAAAGCUAUACCAGAGUUAUACUCCUAAAUUAUGUUAAAGCAGGGUGGGUGGGAUAUACAAACACAGCUUGAAUUCAGGUGUGAAGCUGUCCACAUCUCUGCCUCAAGACAACAGAGACACUGCAUUCAUGCUCUCCUACUUUCUUGCUUGAAAGACAAACUGGACACUUUAGUGAGCUAUCAAUGCUGCGACAUCUUCAGUGCCGUGCUAGCUGAGCUGAUAUAUUUUCCCCUCAUAAUCAGACUGAUUUUAGAAAUGAGAGCUUGAAGAAACCUCGGGUC